UUUCCCUAUAGCAGGAGCACCUGACGGACAGAGACAGCCUGAGCUCAGUCCGCAGCCGACACAGCAGGAGAACAGAUGUUACUGACACGGAGUCUACUCACCUGGGCGCUGAUCCUCUCAGCUGCAGGUCCUGCAUCCUCUCUCCGAAAUGUGACCGGGAUUCAGGGGGGGUCGGUGGAUCUGUCUGUGAAUCUCCUGCUUCCUGAAAUUCAAAAUCGUGCAAUUGCAUGGAGCUUUAACAGCAACGUGCAGAUUGUGACACAAUAUACAGAUAAUCCUCCUCGCUAUAGUCUCGAGUAUGAAAACAGAUGUGAACUGUUUGUAAAUACAACCCUCCAGUUGCGAGACCUGACAGCCGCUGAUCGGGGGGAAUACACACUGACUGUCCAGGAUCUCAUUUCUCUCGACACAACAACAGAAUCCGUCCGUCUUACGGUUUACAGUCCUGCGUCCUCUCUCCGAAAUGUGACCGGGAUUCUGGGGGGGUCGGUGGAUCUGUCUGCGAAUCUCCUGCUUCCUGAUAUUCAAAAUCGUUUAAUUGCAUGGGACUUUAACAGCACCGUGCUGAUUGUGGCACAAUAUACAGAUAAUCCUCCUCAUUAUACUCCCGAGUAUGAAGACAGAUGUGAACUGUUUGAAAAUAUAACUAUCCAGUUGCGAGACCUGACAGCCGCUGAUCAGGGGGAUUACACACUGAGUGUCCAGGAUCUCACUUCCCUCAUCAUAACAACAGAAUCCGUCCGUCUUACAGUUUACAGUCCUGCGUCCUCUCUCCGAAAUGUGACCGGGAUUCUGGGGGGAUCGGUGGAUCUGUCUGCGAAUCUGCCGCUUCCUGACAUUCAAAAUCGUUUAAUUGCAUGGGACUUUAACAGCAGCGUGCUGAUUGUGGCACAAUAUACAGAUAAUCCUCCUUUUUAUAAUCCCGAGUAUGAAAACAGAUGUGAACUGUUUGUAAAUACAACCCUCCAGUUGCGAGACCUGACAGCCGCUGAUCAGGGGGAUUACACACUGAGUGCCCAGGAUCUUAUUUCGUCCAUCAUAACAACAGAAUCCGUCCGUCUUACGGUUAUCAGGUACCCUGAAGAUCACAUUAUAUGUUCUGCAAGUAAAACCGAUCAAACAGUGCAGCUCCUCUGUUCCUGGACGGGGGGUUUUCCUGCCGCAGACGUGCGAAUGUUCUUCCAAAAUCAGAGUGAAACGGGUCAACACCAAGUUAUCAGGAAUGUGUCUUUGAAAUCCAUCAACCCCAGAGAUGAAUUGUCCUGCUAUGGUGCCCAAGGUGGACAAGAGGUGUCCUGUGUGCUGAAAUUAGAUAUCCCACAAGCCGUGGGGUUCACUAAUCACAGUAGCACCGAAGCAGUUGAAGGAACAUCAGCCACUAUGACAGUAAGUCUGAUCCUCGGCCCUUCUGUGCUUAACGCUUGGGCUGUACAGCCAGAAACCCAAAUCCUUCCUUCAACGUUCACCUGGUUCAGCUUCACAUCAGAGAACAAUCCUGUUCCCGAAGGAGGAAAGUUCAUGGUGACAUCCACUGAUUAUACGUCCAAUCUUACAAUAUCUUCAGUGACGAUGAAUGAAAUCGGAACCUAUGAAUGUAGAGCUGAGAAUCUGUUUGGGAGUUCGAGCUUCUUCUUCAUUCUUAACGUUACAAGCGAUAGAGUUUCUUCUAGUUCUGGACUGGGUCCUGGAGAAAUUGCAGGCAUUGUGAUUGGAACACUUGCUGGGUUGGCCAUUGUUGGAGCCAUUGCUUUCUUUAUCUUAAAGAAAAGAAAAGCCUCCACGGGGGAGAGGCAGACCCCCCUCCACCGCACGGUCAUCUCAGCAGCCACCACGAAGGAGAGUGAGGCAGUAGAGACUCCCAAUGAUCAUAUAUACGAAAAACCAGAUCCAUACGAGACAGUCCUGUCUGGGGGGAGAGGCUUUCAGACUAGAACAUAAACUGAAUGAUGACCAAUAGCGACAUUUUUCUGCUGCUUCAUGGAAAUCGUUGCUUAUGGGAUACAGAGACUCGAUGUCAUGUGUAGGUGGCACAUCCAUCCUGUAAUGGGUCUGCCAGCUCUCCUUGUUCAACCUUUACCUACCUCUACUACUAAAAAACAUUCGGACACACUGUAUAUAAUCCAACACAAUAUUAAACUAAUCUUGAAUAUAAUGUAUACAUACAAAUUUACAAAUGCAAAUUAUGACGUGUAUCUAAUUAUGCCUUAAUAAAUACAUAAUUUUUCCAAAAAAAACAACAUUGAAAUGUUCCUAU